ACGCGGACAUGAUGCACACAGAGCACAACAGCACAAUAGUCGCGGAGGAGGACUGAGAAGAGACUGCGGGGCAUUGCCAAACUCGUGGAUCCCACGCUGUUGUGGAUCAUCAUCAUCGGCACCUUUGAUUCACUUAGCUGCGGAGAUUUUGCAGUGUUGUUGGUGUUGGGAGGGAUCAGUGCGAAGUGCGAGGACCACGAGGACGAGAUUGCGCCUGGAGAAAACGCCGCAGCGAUGGCUGCCUCAGCGAAGAAGCGACUGCUGCUCACGUAUGCUUAUUUGAUCGUCUACAUUCUACUCUCUAGUGGCCAAAUCUUCUUCAACAAGUGGGUGCUGUCGGACAGCAAAUUCAAUUUCCCUUACCCCGUUGGCCUUACGCUCCUGCACAUGGUCUUUUCAACAGUACUAUGCUUUCUGGUGGUCAGAGUAUUCGAGUGGGUGAAGCUGAAGGAGGGCAUGACGUAUGACAUUUACAUAUCUUCUGUACUUCCUAUUGGAGCAACAUUUGCUCUGACGUUAUGGCUUGGCAACACUUCCUAUUUGUAUAUCUCCGUGUCGUUUGCUCAGAUGCUGAAGGCAAUCAUGCCUGUUGCUGUAUUUCUUCUUGGGGCAUCAUUCGGGUUAGAAGAACUGAGUAUGAAAAUGAUGGGCACCAUGACGAUAAUAAGUGCUGGCGUAUCGAUCGCUUCCUACGGAGAAGUUAAUUUCAACUGGAUCGGUGUUGUGUAUAUGAUGGGAGGAGUGGUUGGGGAGGCAUUUCGUUUGAUUUUUAUCGAGCUUCUUCUGAAACGAAAAGGACUGAAGUUAGACCCCAUAAUUAUGAUGUAUUACGUGAGCCCUUGCAGUGCCCUUUGCCUCUUUGUGCCGUGGUUAAUCUUGGAGAAGCCUAAGAUGGAUGCAGCAGUGCAAUGGCACUUCGAUCCAGUCAUUAUGACUCUUAACGCCUUAUGCACGUUUGCUUUAAACGUGUCUGUAUUUUUAGUGAUUUCUCACACCAGUGCCCUCACCAUACGAGUUGCCGGAGUAAUCAAGGACUGGGUGGUAGUGCUCGUCUCGGUAUACCUGUUUGCAGAUGCAAAACUCACAGUCAUCAAUAUCUUUGGAUAUGUGAUUGCGAUAUUUGGCGUUUAUCUGUAUAAUGCACAGAAGCUGAAUGAGGCAGCGGUUACGUCCGCCAGUAAUUCCACACAGGAAAGUCAGGGCCUUUUGGGUGUCAGCAAUACUACACAACACAAAUACAAGCAAAGUGGAAUCCCAGAGAUGGAGCUAGAAACAAUAGUUGUCAGAGACUCCAAGGAGAACAUUAUUCAACAAUAGCUAUAUGCGCAAAUGUACCAUACAAGUGAAUUUGUUCUCUCUCCUCGCAAGGCAUUACAAUCCUAAGAUUACAAGUGCAAGGAUCAGAUCUGUGAAAACUGUUUCAGAAACAAGAAAUUAUAGAGGCAGGCGUUCAAGAGGUUGCAACUUCCAGAGUAAAUGGAAUCUUUUGUUAUCAAGUAGUACACAUCUAACCUGUGACAGGAGACCUUGCUUUUCUUCAUUAUUUCCUCCGUUCUUGUAGAGUCCAGGAUUAUGUCACAAAGUUCAGCAUUAGCGUGUAAUCGCAAGCGGUUGUGAUGUGUGAACAUGUCACGGAAACGGGAUUUGUACAUGACAAAUGAAACUUGCAAAUUAUAUUUUUUGUGAUUUUCAACAUUAAAACCUAUAAGCAAGUUCGUUGAGCAUUGUUCAAGGUUACUCA